CAAACACACACACACACACACACACACAACUCUCUUGUCGACAUUACAUCCGCCAAAAUGUCGUACAAGGUUUCUGCCCCCGAUGAGUACCUCGCCAUUACUGGUAUGAGCAUCAAGACGGUCAAGAUCACAAAGGCCGCAUGGGUUCUUCCCUUUCAACGAUGCACUCGCUUCAGCGUGCAACCUCGCGACUAUGCCAUGGAUCUGCAGGCCAUGACCAAGGAGAAGCUCCAGUUUGCCCUUCCCGUCGUCUUCACUGUUGGUCCUGAUGUGAACCAGCGUGGCGCAAACACCAACCUCGAAGUGGAGGUUGACGAUGAUGCCGUCGCCCGCGAGGACCGCGGCGACUCCCUCAUGAAAUACGCCAUGCUUCUUGCGCAGUCCGACGUCAAGGCACAGCAGAGCCACCAUGUCGAGAGUAUUGUCAAGGGCAUCAUUGAAGGCGAGACCCGUGUGCUCGUCUCUAGCAUGACCAUGGAGGAAAUCUUUGCCGAGCGCGAAGUUUUCAAGAAGCGCAUCUUCCGCAACAUCCAGUCCGAGCUUAACGCCUUCGGUCUCAAGAUCUACAACGCCAACGUCAAGGAGCUCAAGGAUGCCCCCAACUCCGUCUACUUCAAGUCCCUCUCACAAAAGGCGCACGAGGGUGCCAUCAACCAGUCACGUAUCGAAGUCGCCGAGGCCCAGCUGCGUGGUAACGUCGGUGAAGCCCAGCGCAAGGGUGAACAGGAGCGAGAGAUUGCCAAGAUCAACGCCGAGACAGCUGUCCAGAAGACCGAUCGUGAUAUCGAGCGCGCACAGGCCGAAGCCCACCUCAACACCCGCCAGACCGUCCUCACCCGCGAUGUUGAUAUUGCCCGUGUCGCUGCCCAGCGCAUGCUUGAGUCCAAGGAUGAGGACUUGAAGCGCGAGGUCGAAAUUAAGCGCGCUGCCGCUGAGAUCGAGCGUCUCCGUGCUCGCGAUGUCGUCAAGGCUACCAUUGCUCGUGAAUCUCAGCAGCAGGCUGCCGAUGCUGCUGCCUACCAGAUCGCAGCCAAUGCCAAGGCCGAACAGGAAGCCCGCCAGCGCCAGGCUGAUGCCGCUGCCUACUCUAUCCGUGUCGAUGCCGAGGCUGCCAACUAUGCUACCCAACAGGCUGCUGAUGCCGACGUCUUCCGCAAGCUUAAGGAGGCUGAGGGUAUCUCUGCAACUGCCGACGCUUACUUGAAGCUCUCGCAGGCCUUUGGCGGCCCUGCUGGUCUCUUGCAGUACAUGAUGAUCGAGAAGGGCACAUAUGUCGAGCUUGCCAAGGCCAACGCCGAGGCUAUUCGUGGUCUUGCUCCCAAGAUUUCCGUUUGGAACACUGGCAAGGCUGGCGAAGGCAGCGGUGGCAAUGCUGACGGAGCAGAGACAAUGAGAAACGUCUACCAGAUGCUUCCUCCCCUGAUGUCGACCAUCAACGAGCAGACUGGCAUCACACUGCCUGAGUGGCAGUUUGGCAAGAUGAAUGCUGCUCGUGAUGCGAUGAACGGCAACUAAUGCGGCAACUUGCCAACCAUUUUACUUUUCCUUUGUAUUCCCUCUGUAAACCAGUGUACUUUUAUCUAGUUGGUUGUAUACCCUGCGCAUAGUUUGGGAUUUUUUUAUCGGUUUCUUCUUCAUAUAGAGCGUAUAGACUAAAUUGACACCUCCACAUUAGCUUAUUUCCCUGAAUCUUGAUAACAGCCGCCGUAUUUUACCUAGCGCAGCCUGAAACUGAACACCAUUGGAGACGAGGCUCUGUCCAAGAUCAUCGGACGCGCUUGUGGGGUCCAACGGUGGUGACGAAGACUUGGCUUUUGACUUGGCUUUUUUAUUAGCGGGCGCCACCCACCCAACACGGACAUUGCCCUGAUGCCUCUGUCUAUUGUGGUUCAUGUUGAAGGCUGCUCAGGACGGACGGUGACCGAAAUAUUGAUGGCUACUGUAUAUAAUUUGAGAGUUGUUUCCGAGAACGUCAGAAAAUGUUUGUAGUCGCCGCUGUCUUCGGCGGAAUUCGAUGCUUCACGCGCAAUGCACAGGAACGCGACCACAGCACCUUGGACGAUGUUGGGCCAUGAUGUUUCACUCAGCCCUUUAGGCCGUUCGCCCCCAGAACACGCCGGGCGCUGUCACUACACAUGCGUACGCAGUACGCGCGAGGAGACGAUAGGAGACAGGGGAAAUUAUGCCAUUGAAGUGCUGAGUCGUACGCUGACGGGCGGCAAGACUCGCUGUAGGUACCUGUGGACCAGGGGCUCUAAAACAGAUCAGCAGCGGAUAUUGCAUCAUGUAAUGGCUAUCACGCAAGCUUGGUUCCGGCUAAAGGACGAUCAGCUGCUUAUCAGCAACCGUGUGCGAAGCAAAUUGCCCCUGUGAAAAAUGAAAUGAUGAUCGAAAAUUGGGUGGCCUGUCCAUAAUGAUGACAGUUACCGGUGCAUAAGGCAAAGUCUUGGAAGGGUUUUGAAUAUUUUUCUCGUCCUUUUGUCGCGGCCUCACGUGCCGCCAGCUGGCAAAUUGUCAGCAGUGCAAAGCGACUUGCGUUAAGUGAGGAAUUUGAAUAGUGCGCAGAGAUUCCCAGAGGCAAGACACCUCUUAAGAGGCGC